AAUAUAAAAAUAUAGUAAUAGGGUGCAGUGUAUAACUAAACAUAAUUUCCUUGUUUAACAUUAAUAAAAAAAAUGUGAUGGAUGUAGUGUCAUCUAUGCGUACUGUAAAUAAUUGUAAAUUUUAAGUUUUGUUCUAUAAUAACGAGUACCUGAUCGCUGUAAAAAUAUAACAACGUAGCGUGUAACAUCAUGCCUUCGUUAAGAAAAAAAUCUAGCCGAAAAGUAAAUGGGGAAAAUGGCAAUGACAAUUUGAUUGGAGAUGUAACCAUUGACGAUUUUGCAAAUUCAUCACGGACUCACGCCAGAUUUAAAAAGGCUGUGACAAAUGUUUCCUCUGAAGGUUAUUUUUUCAAUACAUUUCAAUCAACUUUUUAUUGUGCCAUUUCUGUUUUGAAAAAGAAAUUGAAACAAGAAGUAACCAGACAAAAAGAAGAUACAUACUUCUUGAAAGAAAUGGAUGAGAACGAUCAAAACUUACCUGAUACAAAUAAGUCAAAGAAAAACGGUAUCUUAGUAAGGCAGAGGAGAAACAGAGAAACUAGUUCUUCCAGGAAGGAUAUAAUAGAAGAUGAAGGCAUAGACUAUCCAUUGGAUAUAUGGUUCAUUAUAUCUGAAUAUAUUAGCCCAGAGGCUGUUGGAAAAUUUGCUCGAAUAUGUAGAAGUUCUUACCAUGUAACAACCACUGGCAAAUUUUGGUUUCAUUUAUAUAAAUCGUAUUAUAAAUUUAUUCCUGGUUUGCCAGAACGUUUGCAACCACAUUGUAUGGUCCGCACACAUGGACUACGCGCGUGUGUUAUUCGAACAUUACAUUAUACUUAUUUUGCCUUAAAAAGAGAAGUUGAUGAUAUAUCUUACUUAAGACAAGAUGAACCUCACUCCCUUGUGAAAAGACGAUGUUGUCUUAUGUGGCACAAGGAAGGAAAAAUGCGAUGGUAUUUUUACUUUAAAUUGAAGGAAAUUCCGAAAUCAACCGGCUCGUUAAAGCGGAAACCCCAAAUGAAUGUUAAAAAAACAGAUUUUCUUGAAAUGUUGGAAGAUGUAGCUGUAAAUCCAGAAGAGGGCUGUAAAGUACUUAGGGUAACUUGCUUAAAGUAUAGUAUGCUGCCACCUGUAAUUGGUUUGGUUCUGCAGUCUGUAUCAAUGACUUUAAUGCCAGGUUUUAAAGAUCAUCGACUGCAGCUCGGAUUUGGAACGUCAGAUAUUCCUAGUACACUGACAAAUCAAGUUAUUUUAAAUGAUGUUGUUAAUUGUCAAAUUUUAGAUUGGUGGCAUCCACUUUAUCCCCAUCAAGAUGCUAUCACUACAAUUGAAUUACCGCAGAGUGAUUGGUGGGAUACUUGUUAGGAGAUUCCAUGUUUUGCAAACGAGCAGUUAAAAUAUAAAUACGACUUUUGUAAUAUAAAUAUUUAUGUAAAUAAUACAUUAAAUGUCUGUUAUGUAAAUCA